AGACCAAACUAAACCGAUAUAGUAUUGUCUCUAAUUACUCACAACAAACCAAAGUAAAAUCAGGUUAAACCGACCAGAUUUAACCAUCACCAUUUUUGUCCACUAAAUCCAUCAUCACUCAUCAUAUAUAUAUAUACACUUCACACACAUCCACAUUCCUUACUUCUUCAUUAUUCUCUCAAACUCAUCAUUCUUCUCUCUCUCUCUCUCUCUCCUUCAAUGGAAGAAACUUUAGCCACUCCCGACACCACGAGACGCUCUCUGUCACCGUCGUGCUCAGCCGCCGUGAAAUCACGCGCCGCUGGUUUCGAGCGCAGAACCAAACGGAGAUUGUCAGAGACUAACGCAAGCGUACGUGAAGACCGGGAAGAAGAAGAAGAAGAAGACGAGGUAAAGGAAAAGAUUGAGGCGUUGCAGAGGAUUAUCCCCGGAGGAACGGCGCUUGGUGUGGACGCGCUCUUCGAAGAGACAGCUGGUUACAUUAUGUCUCUACAAUGUCAGAUCAAAACCAUUAAAGUUCUUACUUCGUUUCUCCAACGCGUAGAUCAAGAAGACAUGAAGUUCGGAGGUUGAAGAUGACCACACCAAGAUUCAUCUUCUUCUCUUCAAUUCCAAAAAACCAAAAAAAAAUCACUUUUAUCUUCUCUUUUUUUUUUCUUUCCUUUUUUUAUAACAUGGGAUUUUAGCUUUGAUAUAUGAGGAAAGAGAUCUCAGCAUUUUUUCCUUCGAAAUCUUUUUUCUUGAGUAGGAGUAUAAUUAAUCUUUAAUUUUUAAGUUCUGGUUUAUUUAAGUCGUUUCGUAGUUAUGAGAAGUGUUCAUUAACGAGAAUUAGCAUUAAUGUAGCUAGGGAGUGUAGUUACACUA